AUGCAUCCGACACAAAGUACUGGGUCGUUAUUGUGGGCGCUCGCUUGCGGAUUUAACAUUGCAGUCGUAUCAGUGUCUGCUUUUAAUCCCGAUAACUUUGAAAAUGCCGGUGUAACUCGAACUAUCGACCUUGGAGGCGCUCUCACUCAAGUUACCACCACAUAUGCGGUCAAGGCACUUGCAAACAACCUGGAUCAAUACGUUAUUGCAUUGAGUGACGAGGAGGAGAGGUAUACUACGUGGAUAGAUGCUAAACUCAAGGGUCAGUCUGACACACUGGAACUGAAGCGACACGGUUUCAAUCCCAGGAGCCACGCGUUCUUAUACUCAAUCAACCUAACAAAAUCUCUUAAGAAUAACCAAACUGCCAACAUCGUUGUUUCUACAGUUCAAUCACACGCUUCAACUCCUCUGCCAGCAACCGCUGCUCAGGGCGACCCUCAGUCACUCAUGUACCAGACUCCCCUAUAUGUACUGAGCCCAUAUAGGUCCACUGUACAAAGGAUAAAAAUACGCUCUUCUACACCUAUGAUCCAUUCUUACACGGACUCGAAGGAUCUUUCUGAAUACGUUGAAUCCGGGUCCUCAGCAGUAGCCAAGACUGGUGCGACAGUUGUUUACGGCCCUUUUCACAAUGUUCCUGCAUCCAGCAAUCUGCCGUUUCAAGAAAAGAAUCAAAAGACCGUGUCGAUUCAUUAUGACCAUGACCAACCGGUGUUGACUGUGGUAUCUCUGCAGCGCUCAGCAGAGAUUAGUCACUGGGGAGCGAAUCUGAAUAUUCAUGACGAGGUUGUAUUGCGUAAUGACGGACCUGCUCUCAAGGGCCACUUCUCUCGACUUGAACAUCAAUCGCAGGUUUACUUCAAACGUCACGCCCCCCACGUUAUGAGGGAACUUGUUUUGCACCUUCCCGCUGGUGCACGAGACCCUUACUUUAUCGAUCUGGUCGGGAACGUAUCUACAUCUCAUUUCCGCCCAGCACCACCCGUCUCUGCAGCCCUUUUGUCCCCUUCAAAGACCAAGUCUAGCAUUUUGGAAUUGAGGCCUCGCUACCCUUUGCUUGGCGGCUGGAAUUAUACUUUCACGCUCGGUUACGAUACUCCCUUGGAAAGCGCUGCUAGAUAUGAUGCUUCCACUGGCAAAUAUGUUGUAGCCGUGCCAUAUCUUACCAACGUACCUGGGGCCGCUUUUGAAGAGACUGAACUAAAAAUCAUCCUCCCAGAGGGCGCAAAAGACGUUACCUUGCAUACACCAUUCGGCCCUGAUUCAAUUGAAAACGAACGACACGUUACCUAUUUGGAUACGACUGGCCGACCAGCCAUUGUUUUAAAGAAGAAAAACCUCAGCGAGAAGCAUGCUGGUACCAUUUAUGUGACAUAUAGCCUUUCUAUGGCUGCUCACUUCAAAAAACCAAUCGCGGUCACCUCUGCCGCUCUUGCCCUCUUCACAUUUGCUAUUGGAGCUCGCAGGAUCGAUCUUGCGCUGCGUAAGUAG